GAACUUGGGGUCUCCCGCUCCAGUGCGGGGAGCGACCAGGGUUCCUGCGCCAGCCCAGCUGCUCUCCUGGGCCGAGUCCCAUUUCUUCUCUGGAGCCAGCGUUUUUUAUUAUUAUUUUUAUUUUUUGAGAGGACGUUCAUUAAAGCUGGGGUCCGUGGAACACGGACGGAGGGGCUGAGGAUGGACGCAGCGCAGGAGAGAGCCGAGGCCGAGGCGGCUGCUUUGGCUCCGGAAGGGCGGAGGAGAGGGGCCUCCUGCUUGCAGGUCUUGUGGGGACCCUUAGGGUGUAGAGAGCGAACGUACACGGGGAAAGAAGGGGUGCGCGGGCUCGAGCGUUCAGGACUUGAGCUUCCGGAUUCCUAGAGCCCCCUCCACCUGGGAAGGGAGAGCAACAACACGACUGUCCUCAUCCAUUUGCGUUGCAAGUUGUAAAGGUGACAUUGUACGCGUUUGACAUGGAGCCUUUUCCCGUCUAAGCGCUGCCUGGGCCAGGCAGGCGUCUCUCCCUCGGCUGCCCUCGCUUGUGGCGCUUCGGCUGUUGCAUUUCUUACAAAGGCAAGGCCCUCCACCUGCAAAAAGGUUCCGCCGGCUUUAUUGCGACACUGGCCUUGCUGUGGUGUCCUGGAACCAAACCCACCGGGUCCCCUGGCUGCGCCCCAGGUCUCCCGGCCGGUACCGAUCCUGCCGGCCGAGCUGUGUGCAGCCUGGGAGACGCCUGGGAGACGGAGAACCCUCCUGCCGAGGCCCCAGGAGAGGUUUAGGUUGGCGAGCAGACCCCUUAAGUCAGGGCGGCAGGCCUCACCACAGGCCACAGCGGGCCCCCCUGAAGGGCCUGCGCAUUCUUAAGUGGCUGAAGAGAAGUGAAAAGGGUAAAAUGUGAAGAUGGUAAGAAAUUAGUCUCCGUGUCCGUCAGUAACGCUUCUUUGGAACACAGCCAUGGCCCUUUGUGAAGGCGUCGCCUGUGACGGCCCGCACUGCGUCGGGUGUGAUAGCCCGGACGCCUGCCGAGACUGAAAUGUCUACCAUCCUCCCUUCACAGAGGAGGUCUCGGCCGGCCCUGAGAAUGGGCCCCCGGGAAGCGAGGGCGGAACAGGAGGCCACGCCUGGCUGAGAAGACUGAGUGCUGCGUGCCUGCUCAAGCGCCUUGCCCGCCUCGCCAGGCCGCCGCUCUGCAGCCUGCCCGGGUCUAAGAGGAAGAGAAAGCGGAAGGCUCAGGCCUGGGGAUUAGCCGAGACCGCGCCCAGUUCAAGGUGUGGAGUGUGGGGAUCGGGAGGGAAGGGAAGGCCCGGCCCACAGGGCUCACCCUCGGGAGAGCUGUUCUGUAGAGCGGGGCCCAGCGCCGUCCUCCGGCGGCUGAGGGAGCGUCGGCUCCUGUCGGAAGUGCGGCCGGCCGUGGUGUGGUCCAGCCGGAGUUUGAUUCCUGCCCCUUCUUGCCGUGAGGAGGUGGCUCUUUAUCUCCGGGUCCUGUGGGCCCAGAGCCCUGGCACCGGCCACAGCAGAGGAGACGCCACUCGGGGCCAGCCCCAGGCCUGCGGGGCGCCCUGUGUGCUGCCAGGUCUGGGGUGGGGCCUCAGUCACGGUCCCUACCCAGGGGUCCGGCCUCACGGGGUGGUGCCCAGGGGAACUGAAAAGUGUCCACCCUCCGGACCGAGAGCACAGUCGUCGCUGGUGUGGGUGCACUGAGCGGAGGGACACGUGGCUGCUGCUGCUUCUAGGAGCCUGACGGAAUGGCCGAGGGACGCUUUUACCUGUUGGUCCUGGCGCUGUCCGCCCUGGGCUCCGUGUGUGUCCUCUUCACCGUCUAUUGGAUGUGGAGCUGGCACGGUGGCUUUGCCUGGGAUGGCAGCAUCCUCACGUUCAACUGCCACCCGGUGCUCAUGGUGGCCGGCAUGGUGGUGGUCUACAGCGCUGCGUCGCUGGUGUACCGCCUGCCCCAGUCCUGGGUGGGGCCCAAGCUGCCCUGGAAAAUCGCCCACGCGUCCCUGCACCUGCUGGCCUUCGUCCUGACCGUGCUGGGGCUGGUGGCCGUCUUCAGAUACCACAACAACAAGCACAUCGCCAACCUCUACUCCCUGCACAGCUGGUUGGGCAUCACCACCGUGUUCUUCUUCGCCUGCCAGUGGCUCCUGGGCUUCACCGUCUUCCUGCUGCCCUGGGCGUCCCUGUGGCUGCGCAGCCUCCUCAAGCCCAUCCACGUCUUCUUCGGAGCCUCCAUCCUCGCUCUGGCCAUGGCGUCCGUCAUUUCCGGCAUCAAUGAGAAGCUCUUCUUCAGCCUGAAGAACGCCACCAGGCCCUACUCCAGCCUGCCCGGCGAGGCGGUCUUUGCCAACAGCACCGGCAUGCUGGUGGUGGCCUUCGGGCUGCUGGUGCUCUACGUCCUGCAGGCCUCAUCCUGGAAACGCCCGGAAGUGGGGAUCACGACCGAAGGACAGCCCCUGUUGCGUGAAAGGGAGUGAAGCGAGAAGGGACGCAGGAGCGGUCGGGGUGCGUCUGGACUCCCUCAGCACCUCUGCUCUACCUGGGGCUCCCGGCGGUUUGCCGAGCCCCCACCUCGCCCGCCCCGUGGGCUGCUCUCUCCGCCACGUGCUGCCUACGCGUCUCUC